GCGGGAUUUCCCGCUCCGUAGCUGCCGUUCUGUGGGAUCCGGGCGGGUGUUGUCAGCGCGGCCGCCUGGAUCCGGGAGGAGCGGGCGGGCCCUGAAACCGGCCAUGGACCCAGUGACCUUUGAGGAUGUGGCUGUGAACUUCACUCAGGAAGAGUGGGCUUUGCUGGAUUCUUCUCAGAAGCAUCUGUACAGAGAUGUAAUGCUGGAAACCUACAGGAACAUCGCUUGUAUAGGAAACAAAUGGGAAGACCAAAACACUGACAACCAAUCCAAGAAUCCUUGGAGAAGUCUAAGUUCUUUUCAAAUACAUCAAAAAACUAACUGUGGAGAAAAAUGCUAUGAACACAAGGAAUGUGGAAAACCCUCUGUUUUUCCUUCUUCAUUUUGUAUACACGAAAGGACUCACAGUAUAGACAUCUGUCAUGAACAUAAAGAAUUUGGCAAAGCGUGGACUUCUUCCCAUUUUCUUGAAAAUCAUGAAAGAAUUCAUACAAGAGAAAAGUCCUAUAAAUGUAAACAAUGUGAUAAAGCCUUCAUUUUUCUUUCUUUACUUCAAAAGCAUGAAAGAACUCAUACUGGUGAAAAGCCCUAUGAAUGUAAAGAAUGUGGGAAAGCCUUCAGACAUCUCAGUGAUCGUCAAGUACAUGAAAGAAUCCAUAGUGGGGAAAAACUGUAUGAAUGUAGACUCUGUGUUAAGUCUUUCAUUUCUCCCUAUUUACUUAAAGUACAUGAAGCAUCUCAUAUUGGAGGGAAACCUUAUAAAUGUAACAUAUGCACUAAAGACUUCAUUUAUCCCUCUUCGCUUAGAAUGCAUGAAAUAUCUCAUACUGGGGAAAAACCCUAUUCCUGUAAACAGUGUGGUGAGACCUUCAGAAGUCGCCAUUCCUUUAAAGGACAUAAAAUAACUCAUACUGGGGAAAAGCUUUAUGAAUGUAAACAGUGUGGAAAGUCUUUUCUUUAUCCCUCUUUACUUAAAACACAUGAAAUUUCUCAUACUGGGGAAAAACCAUAUGCCUGUAAACAAUGUGGUGAGGCCUUCAGAAGUCGCCAUACCUUACAAAGACAUAAAAUAUCUCAUUCUGGAUCAAAGCCUUCUGAAUGUAAAUGGUGUGCUGUGGUCCUAGUCAUCAUGAUAGCCUCGGGCCAUGGAGAUGAGUCUGUUAGAGGGGUCCUGAGAGAAGCCCUCUUGAAGAAGCAUCAUCAGACAGAGAAAAGAUUCUCCAGCUGGGUUCUUCUGGCUCAGUAUUUUACAGAUAUGGGCAAGAAAUAUUCGGGCCCUCCCAUGUAUGAAAGGAACUGUGAGUUAAAAAUGAAAUUUAUCGAGCCUGAGGAAACAAAGUGCUGCAGGCGGGAGACUCGGCGGAGGCUGCGUGCAUCCUGCUCGGCCUCUUGCGGAGCGUGGGAGAGUGUGCAUGCAUGUGUUUCUUCACAAAGGGCGUCUGGCCGUGAUCGCUCGGUCCUUCCUGCAGCCCUCCACGGUGCUCCGGGUCCCCACGCCGGUCUCCCCGCCCAUCGCUGCCUGCCAUGGCAACCGCAACCCGCAUGCUGCCGCAACGGGCCUCCGCGCAGCGCCCCCGCAACGCUGCUGAGCCCCCACACGGCUGUCGCGGCUGCAGAAGAAGGAGGAGCUGCGGGGAUCAACGACCGCCUGGCGGUGUACAUCGACAAGGUGCACAGCCUGCAGACGGAGAACAAGAGACCGAGUGCGUGGCCACGAGCUCACCGGUCUCAAGGCGCUCUACCGAGCUGGCCUACGAGCCGCUUGUGCUGGACGACACGGCCCGCGAGCGUGCCAAGUUGCAGAUGGAGCUGGGCAAGUUCAAGGCCGAGCAUGACCAGCUGCUGCUCAACUAUGCUAAGGAAUCUGAUGUUAAUGGAGCCCAGGUCAAGCUUCGAGAAUACGAAGCCGCACUGAACUCAAAAGAUGCAGCUCUGGCUACUGCUCUUGUGACAAAAGAGUUUAGAGGGGGUCUGGAAGACCCGAAAGACCAGAUCGCCCAGUUGGAAGCCUCCUUACCUGCUGCCAAAAAACAGCAGAUGAAACUGCUUAAAGUGGGUUUAGAGGAUCAUUGUCAGAGCCUCACCGGGGACUUGGAGUUUUGUAAAAACAUGUAUGAAGAGAUCAAUGAGACAAGAACAAAGCAUGAGACUCGCUUGGUAGAGGUGGAUUCUCUUGGUAGAAGUGGAUUCUGGGCGUCAGAUUGAGUGUGAGUACAAGCUGGCUCAAGCGCUUCAUGAGACGAGAAAACAGCAUGACGCCCAAGUGAGCUGUACAAGGAAGAGCUGGAGCAGACCUCCCAUGCCAAACUCGAGAAUGCCGGACUGUCCUCAGAGACCAACACCUCUAGGGUCAACAGUGCCAGGGAAGAAUUGAUAGAAAGCUGUAUGCAGAUCGAGAGCCUUUCAUCUCAGCUGUCUAACCUUCAGAAAGAGUCUAGAGCAUGUUUGGAAAAGAUUCAAGAAUUGGAGGACUUGCUUGCUAAGGAGAAAGACAACUCUCGUAUGCUGUCUGACAGAGAGAUGGCAGAAAUAAGGGAUGAGAUGGAGGAGCAGUUGAGUGAUUACGAGCAACUCCUUGAUGUGAAGCUUGCCCUGGACAUGGAGAUCAGCCCUUACAGGAAACUCCUAGAAGGCGAAGAAGCUAAAGCUUUCUCCAAGUCCUUCUCGUGUGACCGUGUCCCGAGCAUCUUCUAGUCGCAGUGUACGCAAGACUAGAGGAAAGCAUAAGAGAGUCGAUGUUGAAGAAUGGAAGGCAAGCAGUAGUGUUAGCAUUGCCCAUUCUGCUUCAGCCACCGGGAAUGUGUACAUUGAAGAGAUAGAUAUUGAUGGGAAAUGUAUUCGACUGAAGAACACUUCGGAACAGGAUCAACCAAUGGGAGGCUGGGAGAUGAUCAGAAAAAUUGGAGACACAUCAGUCAGUUACAAAUAUACCUCAAGAUACGUGCUGAAGGCAGGCUAGACUGUUACUCUUUGGGCUGCAAAUGCUGGUGUCACAGCCAGUCCUCCCAUUGACCUCUUCUGGAAGAAUCAGAACUCUUGGGGCACUGGUGAAGAUGUGAAGGUUAUAUUGAAAAAUUCUCAGGAAGAGGAGUUUGCUCAAAGAAGUACAGUCUUUAAAACAACUGUACCUGAAGAGGAGGAAGAAGAGGAGGAGGCUGUUGGAGUGGUGGUUGAGGAGGAGCUUUUCUACCAGCAGGGAGCCCCAAGAACAGCUAAUAGAAGCUGUGCCAUCAUGUAAACCUCUCAAGUCAGCUGUCUUCCCCAAGACAGAGAAGCAUGGUAACCCUUACCCGUAUACAGUGCAGAGCCUUCUCAGAAGCAUAGAAUAUUUUUAUAUUUCCUUAUGUGAAUUUUUAAGCUGCGAAUCUGAUGGCCUUAAUUUCCUAUUUGACACUGAAAGUUUUGUAAAAGAAAUCCUAUCCAUACUUUGUUGCAGGAUGUGAAUUAUUGACACUGAACUAACUGUGGUUUGGAAAAGGUCCCUCAAUUUUUUUUUUGACUUUUGUAUGUAUGUAAUUUUUUGUUGUCGUUGUUCUUUUAAGAAGGGGAGGGAGGGUAAGUAAACCACUGUCCAAGUUUAAUUUGUGAAGUUUGCUCUGUGUAGAUGGGCAGUCUGCUCUUGAUCAUUCUCUGCUGUAUAUAAAGUGGUGCUGUGAGGGAGGGGGAAAGCAUUUUUCAAUAUAUAGAACUUUUAUAUGAAAUUGUUUUGUAAUAAGCAAUCAAGGUUACAAACUUUUUUUAAACAGAAAAGAAACAUUUUAUAAACAGGCAAUAUUAGCAUUACCAUCAUGCGAGCCCUCUGGAAGGAGGGUUGGCAAAGCUGUUUUCUGGUUGGCUACUUCUCUUAGAUUCUUAAUUCAUGAGGGGA